AUGUGUUCUGUGGAAGAUGAAUUUUUAAACAAUGAUGUUUUUUCACCAAUUGCUUAUCUUGGCUCAAUCAUAGAGCCAAAGAAAGUGGUUAUUGUUGGAACUAUCGUAGCAAUCGUUUCUGAUAAGAUGUGGUAUUAUGAUGGGUGUAACCAUUGCAAGUCCAAACUUGAGCAAAAGUUUGAAACUUAUGAUAAGGAAGAUGGAACAAGUGAUGUUAGAGAUGAGAAGGUGUAUCAAUGUUCCAACAAGGAUUGUCAAGGAAAAGAAUUUUUCCCGCUGUCCAGGUUUAAAAUACCAAUUCGGGUUCAAGAUUCAACCGGUACGGUGACACUUACAUUGUUUGACCACGAAGCAUUGAAGUUUGUUGGGAAAACUGCAAAGGAACUUAUAGAAAUUCAGGACGAGUUACUCACGACAAAUGAGCUUCCAAGAGAAUACCCUGUUGAAUUUGAAAUGUUGGUUAACCUAAAGUGUGCUUUCGUGAUCAAAGUAACAGACUUUAAUAUUGUCAAUGGUGUGGAGAAUUAUGGAAUAUCAGUUGUUACCACUGAUGUUGACAUCUUGGAUGAGCUCAAUAAAAAAUGGAAAAUUGACCAGGAUGGUGAUUCUUACACUGGGGAUAACUCCACACCUGUUUCAAAGGAUUACGUGGGUGACUUGGAGCAAUCAUCUUCUGAUUUGAAGCGUAACCUUGGUGAUGUUUAUGUGAUUGAAGAGGGAUUGGGGUCGGCAGCAAGUAAGCCUCGCAUAUGUGUUGAGAAUAAUGAUCUUGACGAAGAUUUAGGCAAGAAUUGA